UAUCUUCUAACUUCACUAUUUCUAUAAAUCCAUACAUUUCUUGUUUGAGCAUUCCCAUAUUGAUAGAUUAAAUCUACCAAAGUUGAUAUACACGCACCAUCCCAAGCUAACCACUACACUAGCCAUCACCGCCAUUAUGAGCGUAAAAGACUGCGGCAACCACCAUGACGGGCGGAAAAAACUCAUCCGCCGCCUCAUCAUGGCCAUCGCCGGCCUAAUAAUCCUCCUCUCUCUCGUCGUCUUUCUCGUUUGGGCCAUACUACACCCGGAAAAACCCGGUUUUAUCCUCCAAGACGUGACCAUCUACAACUUUACCACCACUACCGUCCCGCCCUAUAUCCUAACCACCGUUACUCAGCUUACCAUAUCCUCCAAAAACCCUAACGACCGAAUCGGAAUCUACUACCAAAAGCUUGACGUCUGCGUCACCUACCGAGCACAGCAGAUAACGGUGGCGACACUCCUCCCACCAAGUUACCAAGGCCACCACGACGUCGCCGUUUGGUCGCCGUUAGUUUACGGAAACGCCGUCCCAAUCUCGCCGUUUCUUCAACAGGUGCUCAGCCAGGAUCUUAACGUUGGGUCAAUGCUUGUUAACGUUAAGAUUGGCGGAAGAGUGAAGUGGAAGGUGGGGACCUGGGUCUCCGGCCGGUACCGGUUGGACGUCAACUGUCCGGCUUAUCUCCGAUUCGGGAACCCCACCGGAGUCUACCCUGUGGGUCCCGCCGUCAAGCUUCAGUUGCUGCAGCGAUGCCACGUGGAAACUGCUCUUGGUUCUUGAAUCUCUCUAAGUUAAUUAAUUAUUAUAAUUUUUCUUUGAUUAAUUCAUGUUUGUUUAUUUUCUUUUCUUUUUAAGAAAAUAAGAGAGUAAUAAAUAUACAGAUUAUUUUCUUGUUGAUUUUA